CUCAAGAACUCCUCCCCAACUGUCCAAACCCGUACACAUUGCUCGCAUUCCCCCAUCCGCCCACUCGCAGGCACCGUCAAAAUGCCUGCUGUGAUUGCCAAAGGUCAGAUACUAGAAACAUAACCCCCGUGCAAAUCCCCCUCCAUGAUUGGACCACCCACCGCAGAUUCACCGAAUCCCCUGCAAAGUCGAGUGGCGUUGCGAGUCGACGUCUACGCAAGAUCAUCCUCAUCCUCGUCCUCGUCCGCUUCACUACUCGAGGCAUCCAUCUAUGCCCUCCUAAUUUAUUCAUGAACUUGUACACCUGUGCUCCCAUCACCUCAACGCCUCCUUUCUACUCAUCCCCUAUUUUGGUCAUAAUUGCAUUUACGAGAUUGUUUUCCACAAUUUGAUCCCGAACCAUGCCUAACCAUCCUGUUGCAGGCGCCAUCAUCGUCGUUAGUGUCGCUGUAGCUGUAGGUCUUCUCUCUCCGGACUUCGACCAUUUUUACUGAUUUCCACAGGCCGCAAUAGCUGUUUAUGAAUCCCCUCAAGCUCGACAGUUUGCCGAAGAUGUACGACGACGUAUAGCAAUCGCCUUGCACUCCCUCGGCGAUGAGAUCAAUCCCCAAUCACAAGAACCUCGAUUUAACCGCCCCGAAGAUGCAGAAGGCUUUCUACAAAGUGCGGCCGAAGCAGGUGUCGACGCAGACGAGGAAUUUAGAAGAAGACAACGAGAAGAGUUGAUGUAUUGGAAUGCCGUCCAUAUGGAGAAAUUGGAGAAGGAACGGAAAAUGGCAGAAGACCGACCCGCCAAUAGAAGUCGUGGAUCCAGCUUUGAUGAUUUCCUGCAACAAGAUCACACAGCAGAAAAGGGAACAUAUGUCUACAACACGGGUGCGGAGGUACAUGCCGAAUCUGACGAGGGACUUCGCAACCGUGGUGCUGGUGUACGAGGCUUGAACCGAGGCUCCAUCUAUGCCAAUCCUUUUGGUGAUGAACACCACAUUGAUUUCGAGGAACAGCGGGCUAUUGAUGCAAGUCUCAUGGCACCAGAAGUUUCCGAGAGAUACGAAACCAUGUCAGACCUCUACAGCGCAAGCGACGUGCCAGUACCUCACACUCGUGAGACUACUGCCACCAUCGCUGAACAACUUAUUGAUACCUCAGAACCUGUUGAUGACCUACCAGUCUCUACACCAUCUGCCGAAAUGAUCGAGGAGAGCUACAACUUCGCCAACAUGUCUCAACGGGACGAGUCGGCAUAUGCAUCUAUUCAUGCUUGGGCAGAUAAUGCCACCAGCAGCUUUUAUUCGCCACUCCCUAGCACCCCACGAGCCGGAUCACCUCUUCCACAACACGAAGUCGUACCCGGAUCUCCCACAUUUAGUGACCCAGCAAUUUCCGUUCCUGGUGAUCUGACACCCACCAUGUCUUUGGCUGGCUCAGGCGAAGAGAUAUGGGCGCCACGAAGUGGAGCAACUAGCGAAGCCGAUAUGAUGAGUGUGGAUGGUGACGAUAUUAUUACUCCUGGUAGCUGGACCGAGGUUGGCAGUGAGGUUAGUGAGAAUGAUGUUAGUGCUAUUCACAGUUAGAUUUCCCCUAUUUUUUUUGACUUGCAAAAACUGGUCCAGGCCUGGCGCUUUGGUGUUCUGGAUUUUCAUCUUUUCAUUUCCUGUUGGGUUGGGUUAGGGUAGGCUAGGCUAGGGCGGCUGGUACAUCUGGGAUUUUAUGGUUGGGAUGGUCGGGUCUUAUUUUUGU